CCCUUUGAUCGAGAAAUGGAUCAGUCUUUGCCAAACCCUCAUCAAGGGAGAGCCCCUCAGCGUGCUGCUGCAUCGGUGGGGGCGUUCAGGCAGGGAAAUGUUCCCACACUGGAGAGAGGCGUCAUCAGUGGGGACAAAGUCCAGUUUGGUAGACCGCAGCGACACACACGUUUGUCUCAUUCUGAGGUCCAGAGCUCUGGAGAGGAGUGGUUGAACAGGUCGAUGGAGGGAAGUGGCUCCUAUGGUGAAAGCCCUGUCCAUCAGGGCAUGCAGGCUGAGGGAAUCCGGCACCACCGCAGCAGCUACGAACAGGCUGGGAACAACUACCCACGCCGAAUUUCCUCUAAUGGCAACGGACCACUGUCUUCCUCUCCCAGAAGUCCUAACACUAGGGGCUACAUGACCUUCCAGUCCAGCCGCAAUCGUGGUCAGCAGCAAGAAGGCCACCCGGUCACUGUGAAGGCCUCAGGCACCCCCCAUCGCCAGUACAGUAGAGGCCGCAAUCGUACCUCCUCUGAGACUGAACAGGGGGGCAAAGGCAGCAGGGGGCCUCACCAGAGGAAGAGAGGCCUCUCUGAGACGGAAAUCAGGCCCAAAUGGGACAAUACCAAAAUGAGUGGACUUCAGUGCCUCGCCUCAGAGAACAUCUGGUUCGACAAACACCGCUACGAUGAAGCAGAGAAGUGCUUCUACGAGGGAGCUAACGGACCCUCCACACAGCAGCAGCAGGUGAAAACGACCCUGCAGCAGGCCAAAGGGCGCCAGCCAAAACGGCAGCACAGAAAUUCGUCCUCACACGGAGGAGACCAGGAGCUGGUCACACGUAUGAAGAGCAUGGAGCUAGAGAACCAGGCCCUGCACAAAGUGGUGGAGAGCAUGAGAGCAGCCCUGCAGAAGCUGGAGUCCAGAGUGGCUAUGCUUGAAAAGACGCCCGCAGCAGCAGCCGUCCCAUCUGCCAAGGCUGCUCCAGUCAAACAGGUGAACGGCAAUGAUGCUGAUGAUGACGACGACGACGAUGACGACGUGGACUUAUUCGGCAGUGAUGAUGACGAUGCGGAGGCAGAACGCCUCAAACAGGAACGCAUCGAUGCCUACACAGCCAAGAAGGCCAAGAAACCCACACUCAUCGCUAAGUCAUCCAUCCUGUUGGACGUCAAGCCUUGGGACGACGAGACUGACAUGGCGAAGCUGGAGGAGUGUGUGCGCACGGUGCAGAUGGACGGGCUCCUGUGGGGAGCAUCCAAACUGGUGCCAGUCGGCUACGGCAUCAAGAAGCUGCAGAUCAACUGCGUGGUUGAGGACGACAAAGUUGGCACAGACAUCCUGGAGGAGGAGAUCACCAAGUUUGAGGACUUUGUCCAGAGUGUAGAUGUUGCUGCCUUCAAUAAGAUCUAAGCUCCCCCGCCUCUUUACCUGCUCCACCAAAGUGUUGCUGUUCUCUGCUUGCAUGGUUAAUAAAAUGCAACGUUUUGAGCACAAAAA